AUGACAUUCACGCUCUGCGAGAGUAUCACCUAUGAACACGAGAAUGAAGCCAAGUCGUAUGGCGAGCUGUUCAAGAAUCGGUCCUCCUUCCGGCGACUCUUCCUGUGCUGUGCAUUGCAAGCUUCGGUGCAGAUGACAGGCGUGUCGGCUAUCCAAUACUAUUCGGUGACGAUCUAUGAGCAGAUCGGCAUUUCAGGCGAAGCCACACUGCGCUACCAGGCCAUCAACUCGAUCAUCGCCCUGAUAGCGCAGUUCCUCUGCAUCCUCUUCAUCGACCGCUUUGGCCGCCGCUGGACACUGAUCAGCGGGAACCUGGGGAACACAGUAACAUUCAUCGCUGCGACGGUGCCGCUAGCCAAGUUCCCGCCAACGACCAGCAACAACGGCGCACACUGGGACUUCAUCAUCAUGACCUGGCUGUACAACUUCUCGUUCUCGGCGACGUGCGGGCCACUGUCGUGGAUCAUCCCCGCCGAGGUGUUCGACAUGCGCACGCGGUCCAAGGGCGUGUCGAUUGCCACGAUGACUUCGUUCGCGUUCAACACGAUGAUCGGCCAGGUUACGCCUAUUGCCAUGAAGAAUAUCCAGUAUCGGUACUACUUUCUGUUUGUGACUAAGAAGGUGCCUCUCGAGGAGAUGAACUAUAUAUUCUCUAAUGCGCCGUGGAUUGUGCCUGGCAGUCGGAGGGAGGACUACAUGCCUCAUGAUUUGGAGCGCAAGGUUGAGGCACAAGAGGUCAAGAAGGAUACGGCACACUUUUGA